AUGAGUUCCGAUUCAAAUACUGCACAUGUUAAAGCAUUAGUAUUGGAUGCAACACCUUUGAUUACCCAAUCAUAUACUCAUUAUCAAAGGUAUGCAAAGUCCUUCUAUACAACACCAACAGUUUUCCAAGAAAUUAAAGAUGCUCAAGCUAGAAAGAAUCUUGAAAUUUGGCAAAGUUUAGGUACAUUGAAUCUGAGACAUCCAAAUCAAGAUUCCAUUGCCACAGUAAGUAAGUUUGCAAAAUUGACUGGUGAUUUCCAAGUUUUGAGUGCAAAUGAUAUUCAUAUUCUAGCUUUAGCAUAUGAACUAGAAACCGAAUUAAACAAAGGUGACUGGAGACUAAGGAAAGUGCCAGGUGAAAGUUUAGAUCAUUUAGGUAUAAGUGAUACAGUUGAACAUAUUAAAGAAGAUCAAGGCAAAGAAGACAAAGAAAGUGUUCCUAAGGAAGAAGGUGGGGAAAAGAAGAAGAAAAAGACAAGAAGAGGUGGUAAGAAGCAAAGGGCUAAGAGGGAAGCUGAAGCUCAAGUCGAAGCAGAAUCCCAACCUCAAGUCCAACAGGAUAAAGAAGAUGAUGAGGAAGUUAUAACUCAAGUUGAAGCUAAAGUUGAAACUGAAGUAGUUGUACCUAAGGUUGAAAAAGAGAACGAAGAAUUGGGAGAAGAGUAUGGAGAAGAAGAUGAUGAUGGAGAUUGGAUUACCCCAGAUAAUUUAACAGAGAUGAUAAUUAAAGAUAGCGGUGAAGAUACUACAGGUUCACGCGGUGUUGAAGCAUCAGAACAAGAACGUAAUAAUGCAUUAGAUUUACCAAGCAAUCAAGUUGCCCUAGCUACUGGGGAUUUUGCAGUACAAAAUGUAGCAUUGCAAUUAAAUUUAAACUUGAUGAAUUUUAUGUCGGGUUUAAGAAUCAAAAGAUUGCGUAACUAUAUGUUAAGAUGUCAUGCAUGUUUCAAAUUAUUGCCAUUGCCAAAGGAUGGUAAAGCCAAGCAUUUCUGUCCAUCAUGUGGGUUACAAAAUACAUUAUUAAGAUGCGCGGUAAGUGUUGAUUCUGAGACAGGUAAGAUCACACCACAUCUUAAGUCUAAUUUCCAAUGGAUUAAUAGAGGUAAUGUUUAUUCUAUAGCAAGUCCACUUUCCAAAAAUUCGCAGAAAAAAUAUGGUAAAAAGGGUUAUAUUCAUUCCAAACCACAAUAUCAAGAAGUUAUUUUAAGAGAGGACCAAAAGGAAUAUUCUCAAUUGAUGAAACAAGAAGAAUGGACCAAUAGGCAUAAUGAAAAGGUAUUAGAUAAUUGGAUUGGAGGUGGUUCUGCAGAUAAUUAUAUGUCGCCAUUUGCGAUUACUGGGUUGAAACACCAUUCAGUAAAAGUUAAUAGAGGGAGAUAUGUGAACAGUGUUAGAAGGAAAAAAUGA